AAAAUUCAUUCAAAAAAUAUUCAGAAAAUUAUUUAUUUUUAAAAAUUAAUAGAAUUAAUAGCUAAAACAGUAGAAUGGGUUCUUCACAGAGUGUUGAGAUUCCUGGCGGUGGAACUGAAGGAUAUCACGUCUUGAGAGUUCAAGAUGAUUCGCCGGGUCAAAAAGCAGGUCUUGAGGCCUUCUUUGACUUUGUUGUAGCUAUUGGAAACACUCGAUUAGAUCAGGAUAAUGAUACGUUGAAGGAGCUACUGAAAUCGAAUAAGGAAAAGGAAAUUAAAAUGACUGUUUAUAGCAGCAAGACGCAAAAUGUUCGAGUUGUUAGCAUAACACCAUCGGAAACGUGGGGUGGACAAGGUCUUUUAGGUGUGUCGAUUAGAUUUUGUAGUUUUGAAGGUGCUAAUGAGAAUGUAUGGCACAUACUUGAAGUUCAUCCAUCGUCUCCAGCAGAAAUUGCAGGAUUGAGAUCAUUCAGUGAUUACAUUAUUGGUGCUGACUCGAUAUUACACGAAAGUGAAGAUUUGUUCACUCUAAUUGAAACCCAUGAAAAUAAGCAACUUAAAUUGUAUGUCUACAAUUGCGAUGAGGAUCGAUGCAGAGAAGUCAUUAUUACACCAAACUCUAAGUGGGGUGGUGAAGGAAGCUUAGGUGCUGGAAUUGGAUUUGGAUAUCUUCAUCGCAUUCCAAUUAGAAUAUCAACUGGAAUUCCCGAGGAAAAGCCAUUACUUCAAACACCGACAAUGCCGACAGUGGUGAAAACAACAAUAAAUCCACCACAUCAGAUUCCAUUUAUUCCAAUGGUUCCACCAUUAGCUAGCACAUUUUCACCUCCUGUAAUUCCAAGCGUUACUUCAGCUCUUGUAGAUAAUUUAAUUAAUAAUAAUCCAACGCCUGUUUCGAACAUGACGGUAUCUACAAACACGACAAAUGCUCAACAAAGCGAAUUAAAGACAUCUGUUGCAGAGACAAAUGCAAAUGUUGAGACAUCUCCAGCGAGUCAGCUUUUUAAUACACAGCAGAAUCAGACGCAAGCAUUUUUAAAUUCUGAACAGCAGCAACCACAACAAAUAGCUCCACCAACAUCGUUGCCUGAGCAUUUAAUUCCAUCUGCUCCACCAGCAUCAGUUAUUAAUCAAAGUUUUGUGAAUACAGAAGCUAAUCAAACAGUUGCAGCAGCUGCUUCGACAGUCCCAAUGUACAAUAUGAAUCAAUUUAGGAAUCCAAUUCAACAGCCUAUGCAGUCAGUGAAUAUUCCAUCUAUGCAACAGCAUCCAGACUUACAUCAAGCAUUUGCUCCUUCACCUUUUACGACACCACAACAUCAAGAUCAGAAUAGUAAUCCACAGAAUUUUCCGACACAAAACUUUCAGUCAGCUAGUACACAAUUCAACAUGCCAGCGCCCAACAUGCAAACGAUCGAGAGUUAUCCACAAGUUCAAACUCAAAUAAAUCUAAAUUUGCCUGGAAUGCCUCCACUGACUGUCAACACGCCUCGCAUUGAUCCAACGAAAUAUACCGUACCAUAAGUUGUUUCGCAUUGAGUUUUUGUCUUGUAUUUCGGACCUUUGUCUUAUCUGUUUUAUGUUUUAAUUAGUACUGAUCGAUAGAAAGGCAUGAGAAUGUGGAAGAAAGCAAGGUUUGCUUCGGAUUCGUUAUUAAAUUAACUAUCGUUCUAUGAAAAUAUUAACUGCAAUAAGGAGUAAAAAAUUACAAAAAAAAAAAAAUCAUAAUACCUAUAAAGAUAUAUGUUAAACUUUAAUUGCAUAUUAUAUUAAUUAAGAAUAGUAUAAAAUAAAAAUUCUUUGCA